AUGACUGCUGAAGGUAACAUUAGGAAAGCCAGAAAACAGGUCUAUGAAAGAGUGCUAUUUUUCUUCGAUUUUGGCGCACAAAAAACAGUAAUCGAAGAAAAUCUUGCAGAACAACUCGGUCUACCCAAGAACACGACCGAAAUCUGCACCAUGUCCGGAAUUGGCGGGCUUAUCGAGUGCUUCGAAACUUUUGAUUCCGGUAAAACUAGGACCAAAACUGCUUUCGGAGAAGAAAUUUGCAUGACCAUACAGACCAAACCAGUCAUAACAAACAGAUUUCCUUUAGUGAAAUUGAACGCAGAAGAUGUUGAGUUCUUGAAAACAAACGCUAUCUGUUUAGCAAAGUUUCGUGGUGAGCAUCAAAAUCCACACAAUCUCGUUGGACUGGACUACUACCACGAUUUAGUUACGGAUCCAGCAAACGGAAUCCGAACACCAUCUGGUUUUCAUAUAGCUAAAACAGCUUCUGGACCCACAUUUUAUGGUCGAGGAAUCAGCAAAGUGAGACUGCUAACACUGUAUGUCACAGCCUGA